AUGGUGCUUCAAGAUCUCGGACGGCGCAUCAAUGCCGCCGUCACUGACCUCACGAGGUCGCCCAACCUCGACGAGAAGGCCUUCGAUGCUAUGGUCAAGGAAAUAUCCAACGCCCUGGUCGAAGCCGACGUCAAUGUCAAACUGGUUAUGAACUUGCGACAGUCGAUCAAACGCACCGUCGACUUCAAGCACCUUGCCCCCGGCGUCAACAAGAAGCGCCUCAUCCAAAAGGCCGUCUACGACGAACUUGUGAAGCUAGUAGAUCCGCACGCCGAACCAUUCAAGCCGCGCAAAGGCAAAAGCAAUGUCAUCAUGUUCGUGGGCCUGCAGGGUGCGGGAAAGACGACUACUUGUACAAAGUUGGCGCGCUGGUAUCAGGCACGAGGCUUCAAGGCGUGUUUGGUCUGCGCGGAUACCUUCCGUGCUGGUGCUUUCGAUCAGUUGAAGCAGAACGCAACCAAGGCGAAGAUUCCAUACUACGGUAGCCACACCCAAACGGAUCCAGUAGUGGUAGCUGGUGAAGGUGUGGAAAAGUUCAAGAAGGAGCGCUUCGAGAUUAUCAUUGUAGAUACAUCGGGUCGUCACAGGCAAGAAAAAGAUCUCUUCGACGAAAUGGUGCAGAUUCAGAAUGCAGUGCAGCCAGAUCAAACCAUCAUGGUUCUCGACGGAACCAUUGGUCAAGCCGCCGAGUCGCAGGCACGUGCUUUCAAAGAGGCUGCGGACUUUGGAGCCAUCGUCAUCACCAAAACGGACGGUGCGGCAGCAGGAGGUGGAGCCAUUUCCGCUGUCGCAGCAACACAUACACCCAUUGUCUUCAUCGGUAAUGGAGAACACCUACUUGAUCUCGAACGCUUUGCACCGCAAGCCUUCGUAUCGAAGCUGCUUGGAAUGGGUGAUGUACAGGGCUUGGUCGAGCACGUCCAGUCACUGAAGCUGGAUCAAAAAGACACUAUGAAACAUAUUACCCAGGGCAUUUUCACCAUCAAAGAUCUCCGCGACCAACUAUCGAACAUCAUGAAGAUGGGACCCUUGUCGAAAAUGGCCGGCAUGAUUCCCGGUCUAAGCAACAUGAUGGGUGGCAUGGACGAUGAAGAAGGCGGCUUAAAGCUUAAGCGGAUGAUCUACAUUUGCGACAGCAUGACAGAGAAAGAAUUAGAAUCUGAUGGGAAGAUGUUUGUCGACCAGCCAACACGUAUGACGCGUGUAGCACGUGGCUCAGGCACAUCAGUCCGUGAAGUUGAGGAACUGCUCACGCAACAUCGCAUGAUGGCUGGCAUGGCAAAGAAGAUGAAGGGUGGUAUGGCCAAUAUGCAGAAAGCUCAAGGUGCAAUGGGUGGUGGCAACAAGCAACAACAAAUGGCGGCCAUGCAGAAGCGCUUGGCAAGUAUGGGUGGCGCCAAUGGCAUGGGCGGUGGUGGCGGAGGUAUGCCAGACAUUGGUGCCAUGAUGAAGAUGCUAGGUGGUGGAGGCGGCAUGCCUGAUAUGUCUGCACUUGGAGGCAUGGGUGGCAUGGGUGGCAUGGGUGGCAUGGAUAUGGGCGCGAUGAUGAAGAUGAUGGGCGGCAUGGGUGGUGGUACACCGCCACCAAAAGCACGACGGUAG